UGGAGCUUGUCGUGAUGUGUGCAGUACUAUUUUGUACUUUAAGUUCACGGGCAUCUGCGCAAAACAUUCAGAUACAAGCUCAACCACAGAGAGUUAAUUACAGGGAGAAUGAUUUGGUCAUCGUGUGUUACAUCACUAAACCAUCACAACUCAAUGCAGUGUACUCCAUACUGUUACAGAGGAACUCUAGUACAACAUUUGAGACUGUAGUAGCAGUUGCUAAUGGACUGACACCACCUUUACAAUGGAAAGACACCCAGUUACAACGUCGAGCCUCUGCAACUGGGAACGCAGACUCUCCAAGCAGCGCACAACUGAGAUUGACGAUAGCAAAAAACAAUGUGCAAUGUCCUACUGACUUUAAGAUGUACAUGUGUGAAAUGUCUGCCUUCAAUAAUGUUGUGUCAGAGACAGUCACACAGGAGACAAGUCCUAUCGCAGUGUCUUAUGUUGACACACCUAUUGUGAUUGAGAUGCCGCGGUUGAGGAUUCUGAAUGCGAACUUUGAUACUCCAAAAAGACAGUUUCCUGUUGGAACUACGAUACAGUUAACCUGCCAAGGAGAGAUUGGAAGUGACGCAAGCAAAACUAUUAGAUGGUGUACCCAAAAAACCAAUGAAAUGAUGUUCACAGGAUUGGCUCAAACCCCGAUCCACUCCGAGGCUUCUCUAUCAGGAUGUCAGUACACACGGUCCAGUACCAUCACAUACACUCUCACCAAAAAAGACACCUUCACGCAGUUCUUGUGCGAGUCUGGAGAUACCGGUUUGUGUGGGACGGGGACUGCCAUACAAUAUGUCAACAUCACUAUAGAAGAAUCCGGAACCACGAAAACUCAUACAGCAGAUGAAAAAACUGGAACCACCAACACUUGUACAGCAGAUGCAAACUCUUCGUUUCUGGUUCCAUUCUUUAUUGGAAUUGCAGUGGGAAUAGGUGUCCUUAUUUUGGCGAUUUUCAUUGCAAUUAUUUUAAGACGGCAUCUGCUUCAACAACAAAUGAAACGAACUGUUUGUCAAGAGCAAAAUGGUGAAGAACACUACACAAAACCGGUUCCCAAAGAGGAUCAACCAAAUACCGAGCUGAACACUUACACCGAACUACAUACAACGAACCGACAGUUGGAGACAGACCAAGCAUGCUCCACCCCAGACCACCCAUAUACCGCACUAAACGCAAUGCAGAUGACCCAAACAACCAGUUUACCAAGAUGAAUGCAAUAAAAAUGAACCAAUCAAGGAGAAACUAAAAAAUCAGCAGUUACCCCUUAUCUUAUUAGGUGUUAAUAUGUGUGUUUUAGUUCUAGAAUAUUAAUUUUAUUUAACCACAUCUAUAUCAAAAAUACCCUAUUAUGUAGUUAAGAUUUAUUAUAUUGUUGCAUAAUCUAGAGAUAGACACAACAAAAUGGAUUAGCUACGUCAUAAUUGUGACGUAUAACAAAAUUGAUACCUGACCAUGGUACAAUAUUAGAUGCAUGAACACAAAGUAAAAGAGACAAUGCUUUCGAAUUACGUAAGAGUUUGUUUCAUGAUGAUUUCUUUGUGACAUACAAAUGCCCUCGAGCCAUAUACAUGCAAUUUUAUUGAUAUACUCUCAAUAUGUUGUGUUGAAAUAGUCCUACAUGUAAUAAUGCAUAAAUACUUAUUAGCCUAAUGCAUGUAUUUUUAGUGUUUGGUUGGAUGAAAAUAUCUUGGUCGUGGGCUCUUGGCUCUUAGGGUUUAAUUAGUUAUUUUUUAUCAAUAGUUCGGGGAUUGUCUGGAACUAAUAUAAAAACUUGGUAUCGAUUGUGUUUUACUGCACGACUCUAUUGCAAACUCUUUAACAAUGCAUGCGCAGAAAUGUAAUUCAUCGUGUUCAUUGUAUUGCAUGUGUAAACAUAUCGGUACCAUUUCGAUUAUUACUAAAGCAGCAUCAUUUGAUUAAAUUUAAAUCAUCACAAUUGUUGUUAUGUCUUUUUCCUAUAAUGAUACUAAUAAAGUAUAGACAUCGGGGUUUCUUUUUUUAUUUGCCCCCCCCCCUUUUCAGUUUUCUUCAAACAACAUUGUUCUAAUUUUUGAUCAUCAUUGCCAAGGCAAUUGAUGAAAAGAACAAGUAUACUAGUUGUACUUUACUAUAUAAGCAAAAACAGAUCUUUAAAAGUUGUCUAUAGUUUGAUUCGCCGCAUGUUGUUUUUUGCAUGUGAAUUUUAUUUUGAGAAACUUAUUUAACCAUCAUAAUUGACUAAAUAUAGACAGAAUGUGGACGACGAUUUUCUUCACACAGUUGGUAUGUGUCACAAUCAAUUGAUUUAUUCAUGAUUACUAUUUUCCUGUAGGGUACCUCUGAUUUUUAUUCUAUGUUCAUAUCCUUUUUGGUGCCUCAGAUUUUGUCAAUUCAGGUAUUGGUCAAUAUUGGACUAUUCUCGGACGGUUCUAUUUGUUUACUUUGAUGCUAUAAAUACCCAAGUUUUUGGUCAGUGAGCCGGGGUCCAUUAGUACGCACUGCAGUAGUAGCACAAUGUAUAGCUAAACGUAUUUUUUACGGUAACCAUCUCCAUUAGGGGUUCCAGCAAGGCUCCAGCAAUGUCCCAGUGAUGAUUCGGCCAUAGUCACCAGUGUUCCGGUAUUGAACAUCUUACCACCCGUGUAACCUCCUUCGAGUAUUCACUUACUACGCUGGAAGCCGGUGGACGGAAGCCGUCAUCUUAGGACGUGGUACCGAAGGAGGACACAUUGGAGGAACACAGGAGGGACACUGCUGUCCAAUAUACCACCAUAGGAAAUUGACGAAUCAGAUAUUAGAAAACAUUUUUUUUUGUUAAUAUUUUGUGUGUGUGUGUGAAUGUGUAUAUUUGUAAAUUUAUUGAUUUUAUAUAUAUAGAUAAAGAUUGUAAAUACU